AUGGAGAGUGAGCGGAAGGCCUGGUUUUGUGGCUCGUAUCCGUCUGAGGCGGUUACAAAUAACUACAAUGUAACUCUACGUCAGCAUUCAGUCAUGACCUUGCUUUACGUGUCUGUUCCUCGUAUUCAUGUCUCAGUUGAACGUUUCAGCAAUUAUAUUUCUAAGUAUAUGUACAGGGAAGAGUAUAAGAAGGUCCUCAACACCAUCGCGAAGAAUCCAACAGCAAUAAUUCCAAAGGAACAAAGAAACAAAGAAACAAAGGAAUAA